UCUGUCGUAUUGUUUAGUGAACUAAAUUGUGUAGACAGCUUUUAUAUAGAAGCUAAAGGGACCCUGGGCAAACGUAUAUACGUAUUUAAUAAAUAAUCUAUUAUAUUUCAUUGGUAUUUUUAAUAUUUGUUGUAAACAAAAUCGUAUACAUAAAGCGGAAUAAGUGAGAAAUGAUAUUCCUUUUUCAAAUUAAAUACAAAUAAAAGUGAUAAUCAAGGAAACAAUUUAAAAUACGUUCUCAACGUUGUGUCCGUUGCGACACUUAAUAAAUCAUCACCAUGAGCAAGAUGUAUUCAACUGCUAACUUGUCAGACAAGGAAUUAAAGGAGCAAGGCAAUCGUCUGUUCAGUCUACAUAAAUAUGAGGAUGCUGCAAACUGUUAUACGAAAGCAAUUAUAAAGAAUCCGACUCAAGCGUUAUACUUCACAAACCGAGCAUUAUGUCAUCUCAAACUGAAGCGUUGGGAGUCAUCGUGUCAAGAUUGUAGGAGAGCUUUGGAUAUAGAUCCUUGUUCUGUAAAGGGACACUUUUUCUUGGGUUUAGCUUUACUUGAACUAGAACUUUAUGAUGAAGCUGUUAAACAUUUGCAAAGAGCGGUGGACUUGGCCAAGGAACAGAAAUUAAAUUAUGGCGACGACAUUACCAGUGUCUUGAGGCAAGCACGCAAACGCCGUUUUCAGUUGAGGGAAGAACAAAGGAUUGCACAAGAUAUUGAACUACAGACGUAUUUAAAUCAAUUAUUAGCCGAGGAUGCUGAAAGAAAAUUAGCUACUUUAAGCGAUCAAGAAAUUAUCAAAGAUGGGGACAAUAAAUCUGGAAUGGAUGUAUCGAGUAGUGAUUUAGCUAGGAGGAAAGAAGAAAUCGAAGAAAAGCGAGAUAUUUGUACAGCUCGUCUUAAUGAUUUAUUUGCUAAAGUUGAUGACAGAAGAAGGAAAAGAGAAGUGCCAGAUUACUUGUGUGGAAAAAUUAGUUUUGAAAUACUUCAAGAACCUGUAAUUACACCUAGUGGAAUUACUUACGAACGAAAAGAUAUUGAAGAACACUUACAAAGGGUGGGACAUUUUGAUCCAGUUACACGUGUUCGAUUAACACAAGACCAAUUGAUUCCAAAUUUAGCUAUGAAAGAAGUGGUGGAUACUUUCCUUCAAGAAAACGAAUGGGCGUUGUAUUAUUAAUGUGUUGAUAAAAUAUACUACUAUAUAUUUCUUACAUUUAAUUCGUAUAAAAGGAUAAAAUAUAUUGUCAGUAUAUGAUUUAUUAAUAUUUUGGGGAAGAAGUUUUAUUCUUUGUAUACAUACAUAUUCUGUCAUUUCUGUCAAAUGAAUUAAUAGAAGAACAUCUAAUACAUUUUUAAAUAAUUUAA